AUGUCAACAACCGAAAUAAAUAAUUCCAACGCUGAUUUCAAUUGGUUAAAAAGAGCGAUAUCGGAAAAUUAUAUCAAGUAUUAUGAUUUUGCCGAAUUCACUAAUUGGGAAGAAAUUAGCUACGGUUCUUAUGGAAAUGUUUCUUGCGCGAACUGGAAAGGUUCUGAUACUAUCAUGGCUCUAAAACAUUCCUAUAAUUUGACUAUUAAAGAGAUGGUCAAUGAGCUAUAA